GCAAUGGGAUUCUUAUUAGUAUUUGUUUUUGUACCAAUAAAAAACUAAUUCAUAGUUGAAUCUCAGUAGUUUGUCUGGUAUAAAUAAAUAAAGGGUUAAAUAUACUCCUCUGCUGUGUUUUAUUAGUUAAUCAUUGUCGACAGAAACAAAUUAAGAGAAGCAUAAAAUAUUGGGGUCGCCAAAUUUGACAUCGUCAUCUCUCUCUCUCUCUCUCUCUCUCUCUCUCUGUGGAGUUGCAAAUAAGGCUGAUGUUUUGUUGAUAGGAAAGGUUGAUCGGCCGUUUUGUUGUAUGUAUGUAUAGGUAUAGGGUAUAGAUAGAUGGAUCCAGAGCAGACGUUUAUACGGGUACAAGAACGAUUUGCUCAGAUGCUGACUCCCAGGAUCAGAGCUACUCUCGAGUAUUUCUAUCUCUUCAUCGCUCUCACUCUCUUCUCUAUUCUCGUUGUUAUGCACGCCAAUUACGUUCAACAGCCUGGCUGUUCAAGUGAGCUCUCUAGAGUCAACAUCUCAGAUGCACAGCUUAUUCAAAUCAAGAUUACCAGUGCUGGCUUGUGGUCACAUAAUCAAACCAACUAUGAUGUAGUAAAUGUUGCCAAUAAAGAACAUAUUAGUGAGAACCUGAAACAUGCGAAUGAAGAUAGUUCAGUAACUGCAGCUACAAAUCCAUGGUUGGACUGGUUAAGUGAUGGAGCUAAGAGUGGGAAAUCUCUAUUUUAUUCAAACAGUGAGUCCUCUGAAUCUUCAUUGGGAAGUUCAAGGAACUGUGAGUCAGCGGGUGGUGAUGUGGUCCCUAAAAUCAAUAAGGAAGUUUCACGUGCACGAUUUUUCAUCUCGCCGAAGGAAUCACUCAAAGCAGCUAUAAUUCGAAUUGGCCAAAAAUGGCAUGGGCGUUUGUCUUUCAUUUGGAGAGUUUCCAAGCGAGUCCUUGGAGGAUUGUGGGAUAUUGCUGGUAUACAUCUACAUAUUGACAUUCCUAAGUUGCUCAAGACGCUUCACUUGGACAGGCUAAACUCUUAUGCUGUGCAGUGGCUUGAGACAAGAAGCAAGGCAUUUGAACCUACUUAUUUAUACACCAAAGAGAAGGGUUACUUGUUACUGCCUGAGGAAGCUAGAUUGCGCCAUAACAUUCGCACAAUAAACAUAAGCAUCUCUGCACGACAUUCCUGCUUUGGUAACAGGUGGCAGCAGCUUCUUAUAAACAGACUUGUGGGAUAUGACACUAUUUUGAUGAAUAGUUUGUUGAAUUCUCCUGGAGAAGGUUAUCUUUAUAAUCACCAAACAAAGGAGUUCUAUAAUCUUACUUAUGCACAUGAGCAACCUGAAAGUUCUGCGAGAUUUGGAGACUACCUUGUCACAAAGUGUGGUGUACUCAUGAUGUCACUCUUUGUUUUCUUUACCACGACAAUGUCAGUUUCAUUUACAUUAAGAGAGACCCAAACGCGCAUGCUGAAGUUCACAGUUCAACUACAGCAUCAUGCUCGACAUAGGCUUCCAACAUUUCAAUUGAUCUUUGUGCACGUAAUUGAGUCCCUUGUUUUUGUACCGAUCAUGAUAGGCAUCCUAUUUUUUCUGUUCGAGUUCUAUGACGAUCAGCUGCUGGCUUUCAUGGUGUUAAUUUUUGUUUGGCUGUGCGAACUGUUUACAUUAAUCAGUGUACGCACACCAAUAUCAAUGAAGUACUUUCCACGCUUCUUUUUGCUUUACUUUCUGGUUUUCCACAUCUACUUCUUUUCAUAUAGCUAUGGUUUUUCUUAUCUGGCACUCUCGACAACAGCUGCAUUUAUGCAACACCUUAUUUUAUAUUUUUGGAACCGUUUUGAGGUUCCAGCUCUGCAGAGAUUUAUGCAAAGCAGACGCUCACAUUUUCAGCAGCAUCCUGACUUUCAUAUCACCUCCUCUACGAUUCUCGCAUCAACUUUGCACAUCACAAGAUUAAAUGCAAGGAGCCCUGGGGCUCCAACUAAUGUUGAUAUGCCUCCUGGUCCUGGGCCUAGAAUUGAUCCAGAUCGACAAGGGAAUGGAAACCAAGAUGAGUUUGGUAAUCCUGUUCAACUUGGAGGGCAACCUGAUACCCGCCAGUCUGAAACUGGAGCUAACCCGGGGUCUAUGAAUUCACUCAGCUCCUUGUUGCUGUGGAUAUUAGGGGGUGCUUCUUCUGAAGGUCUAAACUCCUUUCUCUCUAUAUUUCGAGAUGUACGAGACCAUGCUCAAGUUUUUGCAGGAUCACCUGGUCAAGAAACUCAUGCCACCCAAAAUCCUGAAUAGAAUGCUGAUGGCAACCUAAGGUGUGUAGUGCACAAGAGAAAAGUGCACUGUGCGGACUCAGGGGAGGAGGCUGUAAUUGUAUCGACAGACGUGUAGAAAUUGUAGAGUAUUCGGUAGUUGAUGAGUCUCCUAAGGAAAAACUUCUUGUUAUUUAUUGAUUUUUUUUGGUUUACUUAACCUUAUGUACAUAGGAAUUGAAGUAAAAUGCGGGAGGGUGAAGAAAACCUUCUUAUGGAAAAAUUAUGUUAAAGCUAUUUUAUUGUCAUCCAUCAUUAUUUUCCUCUUUGAA